AUGACACCUCCGAAGGCGACGGCCGAUGACUUGGACGAUUUGGAUGGUACGUGGCUAUAUGAAUGGCUUACGCAACUUAUAGAUGUACUGGAUGACUUUGAGGCGCCCAUGGCAAACCAUGCGCCGGAGCUAGCGAAAGAGAGAACUCAAACUAAUAGUAGCAAUGGGUCGGGCGCAGCUGCCAACGUCAAGGGGAGUGAAAACAGAGUCGAUGGUGACGCCAAUGCUGGCAUGGGCGAGGGAGAAGAUCCACUCUCCGACGAGUUCGUGGAAGAGCUUACAAAGAACAUGGAGUCAUUCAUGGCACAGCUUGGAAAAGACAUGUCAACACACAAGGACGCGAAAGCGCCGCCUUUGUCUUCAGGACGUGCAUCAGAAUCAGAAAGCGGAGGGGCGCCACCCCCUGCGGAAGACGAGCUCAUGAAGCAGUUUGAGAAGCUUCUGCUGUCCAGCAACCUCGAGGGACUCGACAGGGAUACGAUGCCGUCAUUGUCCAAGUCACAGACGCAGGCAGCUUCUAAGCACGGCAGUGAGACUCACGAAGAAAGAGCAACAGGGUCGUCUGAUGCAUCGGGAGAAAAGAGCUUCCAGGAUGCUGUCAAGGCCACAAUGGACAAGCUCAAACAAUCGAAUGCAUCAGCCAACAACAGCAGCAGCAACAGCGACGCGUCUGAUCCGCUCGCUGCCCUGGGUCUUGAUGGCAAUGCCGACUUUUCCAAGAUUCUCGAGGCGCUCUCGCAGCCUGGCGAAGAUGGCGAAGGUUCCCUUAGUAAAAUGCUUGCACAAAUGAUGGAGGAUCUGAUGAACAAAGAUGUGUUAUACGAGCCACUCAAAGACAUGCAUUCACGCUUCCCUGCAUACCUAGCGUCGCCAGCGGCGGAAAAGCUCGAUGAUGAUACUCGGCAAGCCUACGUGGCACAAGAAGCUACGAUGGGCGAAAUUAUCGCUGUAUUUGAGUCGUCGAACUACUCCGAUUCAAAUCCUGAGAAACGCAAGCAAGUGGCAGAUCUUGUAUCGAAGCUCCAGGAGUUCGGCACGCCACCUCAAGAACUUCUCGGUGACAUGCCGCCGGAGCUUGCUGGCCUCAACCAGAUGCUUGGUGAGUCAAGCGAUGAAAAUUGUGUCAUUAUGUAG